CCAACCAAAGAAAGGAUCACGAGCGGGGAGGAAGAUAAUAAGGUCUGCCUAAGAAGAAGAGGUCUGUGGGAGAGGCUACAGUCGGAGUGGGGAGAGAGGCCGCUGUUGAUGGUGUCUAAAGAGGGGCUGACACCAGAUCUCCUGGGAGCUUCUGGAAUUUCUGAGCAGCCCUGGUCAGUACAAGAUGGACCCAGUAGUCUUGAGUUACAUGGACAGUCUACUGCGGCAGUCAGAUGUCUCACUAUUGGAUCCUCCAAGCUGGCUCAAUGACCAUGUUAUUGGGUUUGCCUUUGAGUACUUUGCCAACAGUCAGUUUCGUGACUGUUCUGACCACGUCUGCUUCAUCAGCCCCGAAGUUACCCAGUUCAUCAAGUGCGCUGGCAACCCAGCAGAGAUCGCCAUGUUCCUUGAACCCUUGGACCUCCCACACAAGAGAGUUGUAUUUUUAGCCAUCAACGAUAAUUCCAACCAGGCAGCUGGGGGAACCCAUUGGAGUUUGUUGGUUUAUCUUCAAGAUAAAAAUAGCUUUUUUCAUUAUGAUUCUCAUAGUAGGAGCAACUCAGUCCAUGCAAAGCAGGUAGCAGAGAAACUGGAGGCUUUCUUAGGCAGAAAAGGAGACAAACUGGCCUUUGUGGAAGAGAAAGCCCCUGCUCAACAAAACAGCUAUGACUGUGGGAUGUACGUGAUAUGUAACACUGAGGCCUUGUGUCAGAACUUCUUCAGGCAACAGCCAGAAUCACUACUGCAGCUACUCACUCCUACAUACAUCACAAAGAAGAGAGGAGAAUGGAAAGAUCUCAUUGCCAGACUUGCUAAAAAUUAGCCAUUGAAAUAUAUUUGUGACUUUUGAAGUCUCUUUCUGCCUGUCCCCAUGUAUUGGAUGGCUGCAAUCUCAGUGCCUGAGGGAAGACGCCUGGUAGAGUAAACCUUAGAAUUCUUACUUUUUCCUAAGAGAAUAUUAUCCUCUGCAUUAUCCUAAUGGAAAGUUUCACUUUAACCCUAACUUGAGAGCAAUAUGUUCUGUGAAAAUGUCUUCAAAAUAUGCACUAAAACCUUAAAACCAAGCUAUCCUAACACUUGUUACUUCCCUUUUGGUCUCCCUUAUCCACAUUGGCUUAUUCCAAAGGAAAAGCAGUGAUCUGUAAAACAAGUUAAGAAUAUGUGAAAUCCAGAGAAAUGCAAGAAGAAAAUUAUAGAAGAACCAAAAAUGUAUUGCACAGCCCACAUAUUUCAAGAGAUCAGCUGGCUGGAGGCAGAUCAAGACCUAAGCUAAUUCAAGAUCUAAAUAUUAUAUGAGAAUCAGUUACUCGGUUCUGUGAGUUCUCUUCCAUUCACCAUGCAAAGGCUUUCCCAGCUCUAACCUUAGCCAAUACUUGAUAAAGAUGGUGUUAGCCCAUCUUCCUCCACCUGAUUCCUGGAGUGCUUUAAGAAAGGGGGAAUCUUAAAUAACUUCGUUAAAAUAAAUGUCUUGGUGGACCUCUUAGUUUGCUCAGUGAGUGAGCCGCCUUGCUACUGUGGGUUUAUAACGCGCUUUCCUUCACUUUGCCUAUUAGCCAUGCACACACUCUUUCCUUAUAUCCAGAGCUCUGUGAUUUUAAAACUUAUAGCUGAUAACUUCCCAAGGUUACCUGUUUUUUCAGAUAAGUAUUUCUGCUUUCUGAUAGUCAUUUUUCCUCACCUCUCUAUCCUUAAUCUGGCAGAAUUGUUUUCAGUUAGUCAUGGUGAUUUGAGGACUAUUGUUGUAUCUGAAACUUACAGACUAAAAGUUGGUUUGUUUUUUAGAUAUAAAGGAGAAAAAGUGACCUUUCUCAACCCUUCCACUUAAUUCAAAAUGCAGACAAUGUAAUUUUUUAAAUGUGGAACCAAGAGUGAAAAGAAAAGCUAUCCCUCCUAAGUCACUGAUUUUUUUUUCAGAGUUCUUUCAGAUAAUUAACAAUUUAAAUGAUAUGUUAGAUACAUAUAUUCUUUUCCUCAUGAGAAUUAGAUACAUAUAUUCUAUUCCUAAUGAGAAUUAGGUUGGGAUGCAUAUGGGACUUGAAAGCCAAAGAUUAGCUUCAGCCAUGAAACUUACUUCAGCUACCUCCCUACCCUGACCCUUCCCCCAGCCCUCACGGCCCAAAAUAACCUCACCACUUAGUAACCACAGAGGCAGUAACCCAGUUCCUUUUAGUCAAGAAGGGAAAACCCAGUAAGUGUAAAUAAGUACAGGUCACAUAGAAGGCCUCAGUGAACACAAGUUGAAACUAAAAGUCAAAGAGAAAGCUACCAAAAAAGUUUCCCUUUCCAGCCAGUAUAUUUGGGAUUGAAAAAAAAAGGAUACCUAAUAGAGGCCAGGAGCAGGGGAACAAGAUUAGGAACUGGCAUUCAGCCAUAGAGGUGAAAUAAGGAUGGAGGGAGGGAGGGAUAGCAAAAGGACACAGGUUGCUGAGGCCAGGAGUGUAGAUAAUGAUAAGAAAGCAAUAUUGUUUCAAUAACUGUUGACUUAGGCAUCUAGUCUAGACUGUGAAAGGGUCAAAUUCUCUCUGGGAAAAGUUGUCAUCUUUCUGAUAAUGAUAGUGUAAAGUAUGUCUGUUUAAAUGUCAGAUUGUCUCCCUCUUAAUACAUAUGGAAGCAAUCUUUCCUGACUCCCUAAGAUUCGUGCCAGAAAUAAAUUAUUUUUUGAACUAAAGUGGUAAAGUCUUAAAUCUAAGGUUUCCUUUUCUAGAUACACAGCAUGAUUAGAUUGUGCCACAGGUUAGUCUACUUCUGUAAAGGUUUGAAUAUUCCAUUUGUAAGCGUUAGCAUUGUAAAUGACAGGAGAACUUAAGAGUCUACUUGUAAUAUUUCUCUAGAUACUAUAACAGCCUAUAAGUUAUACACCUGCUUGACCACAUACCAUUGUUAUUGCAUGGUACCCAAUAGGAAAAAGAUCUUUUGUUGGUAUUGUGCUCCCUUCUUUUAGAGUCAAAAGAAUCCAGUGUGCAAAAUUUAGCUUCAAAAUAUUCAAUGGGUAAGCAGGUUAUUCACAAUUGAAUUGAGCAGUUAUCACACUGAACCACUCUGCUUUCAAAUACCUUGUUGUAUUGGCCCUUGAGUAUAUUGAUACUUGUCCAACCUGUGUCUCAUGUGGAAUUUAGAGAGGUAACCAUAUAUAAACUGAGCUGCAGAUGGUGGUCAAAAAAUAUCACUGAGUUUUCUAUUUAACAGUGUCCAAAUCAUAAAUAUUUCUACCCUUUGGCUAGGUAGUUGUUGAAGUUCCUAAGCACUAGACCUAACUGGAUCAGAAUAAUUUAAAAACCACAAGUGGAUUAUAUUUCUGAUUUGUCUUAUUAUUUUUAUCUGUAGUUUUUACUAUAUCCAUAGUGACUAUAUGUUUUGUUUUGUUUUUUAAUUAAUUAAUUUAUUGGCUGUGUUGGGUCUUCGUUACUACACGCAGGCUUUCUCUAGUUGCGGUGAGUGGGGGCUACUCUUCAUUGUGGUGCAUGGGCUCCUCAUUGCCAUAGCUUCUCUUGUUGCAGAGCACGGGCUCUCGGUGCGUGGGCUUCAGUAGUUGCAGCACACAGGCUCAAUAGUUGUGGCUCACGGGCUCUAGAGCACAGGCUCAAUAGUUGUGGUGCACGGGCUUAGUUGCUCCGCGGCAUGUGGGAUCUUUCUGGAUCGAACCCGUGUCCUCUGCACUGGCAGGCAGGUUCUUAACCACUGCGCCACCUAGGAAGCCCUGACUAUAUAUUUUAAUAAUAGGUAUUCUGUUGAAAUGGCAAAGUAGAAUUUCUCAGUCAUGGUUAUUUACUGAUAUUGAAAUUUUUUUCUUCCAUCACUUAGAAAAGUGGAAAAUAUUUACAGAAAUUUAAUGCUGUGGUGUGGGAAAGAGCAUGAAUGUUCUAAUCAAAAACAAGCACUAUCAGUUAUAAACUUACAGUCUUGGGCAAGUGUGAGAUUCAGUAGCCUCAUCUGCAAAAUGAAGUUGUAGUCUGUUUAAGCAGAUACAGUGAGGAUUCAAUAUGGUACAUAAAGCAUGUAGUACACACGAAAAUAAACCUAUUUCUCUGUCCUACUACCAGUCCAUUUUAAGACUAGAAGCAAGUUUGACAACUAGUUUUAUAUUGCACCCAUCCAGCUGUGUAAAAAACAGCCUGGUAAAUACUGUUACAUCAAAAGAGAAAACUUAUUCAAGGGUGGUAAAUGGCAGCUAAUCUUUGUAUCACUCUAUAAAGUGUGAAGUACUUUAUAUAUGUUAUUAUAUGUAAUUAUAAUCUCAUUUGAUUAUCAUGUUU